AUGAUGAGCUUAGGGAUUUUAGUGCCAGAAAGUCCACUUCUACGUUGUAAUUCAGGAUGUUUCGAAGAGAACUGCGAGAAGGCACUCAACAAUUUACGUCAACGUUUUGACGGAUUUGAAACAAGAAGCAAAGCUAUGGCUUUGUAUAGUAUAUUGGAAAGUAAUGUAUCUUCUGCAUGGGGUCCAGGCACACUUCUCUCAAACAUGACGCUCACGUUUAGGUGGGAAGCUCAGGAAGGAGAUUACCUCUCAACCCCGUCGCCAUCUGCUACAGCAGUAUUCCACUUUUCACCGGGAUGGAAAGAUAAACGUGUUUCUUUACCAGAGAACUCAGAGGAGCUCGAGUAUCUCCUACUCAUGGCUUGUGUAUUGGAUUCUGGAGCAAAAAUGGUUUGGCCAUCCGGUGAUGAAAGCUCUCAAAACACCAUCUUUGAAGAGGUACGGGAGCUCAUAACUAAGUAUAGAGUUCAGAACAACGAAACUAAGCGCACAGUUCACGGAAUGAGACAUGUAGACUUCACCGAACUUUUGUGGGAUAUUCUCAAAAAAUGCCCGAAUCUUGAGACAUUAGUCGCUGGGUUAAAUAUUGUUUUUGACGCUUUGAAGCAGUGCCGGAUUAACGCCAUAGUAGGUUGUUUCACACCUUCUUUAUAAUA